AGAGUUACAAGUUUCCAACUAUCCAAAACGAUUUCGAUUUGGAUCGAGAGAGAGAGAGAGAGAGAGAGAGAAAGAGAGAGAAGGAAGAUGUCAUCCACGGCAGCGAACGAUCCACGUCAGCCGGCAGCGGCGAAGCCCUACGUGCCGACGGCUCUAGCCCCGGAAGAUCUACCAGUCGACUACUCCGGCUUGAUCGCCGUCGUCUUCGGCAUCGCCGGCGUCAUGUUCCGCUACAAGCUGUGCUCGUGGCUGGCGAUCAUCUUCUGUGCUCAGUCACUGGUCAACAUGAAGAGCAUUGAAAACGAUCUCAAGCAGAUCUCCAUGGCCAUGAUGUUUGCUAUUAUGGGAUUGGUGACCAACUACUUUGGACCGGCUCGACCAGGUGCACCUAUGAAGAGCUCGAAUUGAUUGGAUCGAAGCGAUGAGAUGUAACAGUAUGCAGUUUCGUUUAGUCUGAUUACAGUUUUAUUUGUCUAGAUUCAGAGUGUGGUUUAAGUUUGGUAAUAGACUAUUUUUAUCAAUUCUAUUUUAAGGAAAAACCUGUGUGGUUCUGCAACUAGAUCUCUCUUUUGUGCCUUUCUCAUGCUAAUGUUGCUUUUCCUCUCAAAGAGAGGGGUUAUAGCCGUACUUUGUUGAAAGUAGUUUCAAUCGAUUAUGCCAAACUAAUUGAUGAGGAGAUUUGUGUCAUUAUCAUGAAUAUUGGAGA